GUGAGGGGCACCGGUUCGAUUUAGUGCAGCGUUCUUUUUCUUGUCAGCCCAGCUGCCACAUAUUAUUACUUACCUGACCUUUACGUGUCCAAGCUUGAUAAGUGUAACACUGAACCCUAAAUGACCCUUCAUAAUCUAAUGUUGAGGAACUGAAUGUGCAGCAAAUGCACCGAACCUACUUUGAGUGAGUUUAGAGGUUAGUAGUGUACAUGUGCAGUGUCAUUAUCAUAGAGUAUUGCCCUGACAUCACAGAUAUGGAGAAACGAAAAGUGCUUGCCAUUGUUCUCGAGCUAACUUUGUCUCAAAAUCAUGCGAACUCUUCACUGUGUUUUUUAUAUUAUAGUUUAAUCUGUAGUUAGUGUCUGUAAAAUGCUGGAAUGAGUCUCCACAUACAAACAAUACAUACACAGAGUAAGAAACACUGAAAUGCUAUCGGAGUCCAGCCGUUAAAAACAACAAUAAAAAUAGUAACAAGACGUUCAAGAGUCGUAAAACUAAUGACAGAUAAAACUAAAACAUUAAAUAAAAGCAGUGUAAAGAUUACUAGAUUUUCAGGCAAACAAAGUCGUGGCUUAAUGCUUUCUAUAUAUCUAUGUCUAUAUAAUACGCUUACUGUACAUAUGCCUCUGUUAGGCAGUACAAAUGGCUAGAAUGACAGUACUGUAGGAUCUGGUCAAUGUUGUCAUGUCUUCUUUGAUGUCUUAUGACCAAAGAAUAUUCAUAUUACCGAGUCACCUCGAACAAAGACUACAAAAAUAAAGAAAAAACAAAAACAAAUUGUGAUUGAUGUAGCUCUUUACCCGAACCUUUGCUUUCUUGCCUGCGUCCUGAGUCUUGUAUUUUGUGAAAGGCAAGUGUGUAUUCGCCCUCCACACAUCCACAUGCACUGGACACAAUUAUUGCCGUCGUUGUCAGCUGUGUGGUCCUCACCUCUAUGACAAGUAUAAUAUGAGAUGUAUUAUUGUCUACUAUUUUAUUAUUGCUAAUAAUUCCUCAGCUCCACAUUUGUAUCCCAUGCUCUAUGGAGCAUUCUUCUCAUUGUAUACUGUGUACUUUUGUACAUUGCCUUAUGCUUGCUUUGAAGAUGGAGAAAUAAAAAUAUAAUAAAAGGAAGAAGUAGGUCUAUGUUUUAUUAGAGAUACGUUUUAUCAGAGUCUAGCAUUUUGAGCCUUGCACUUCAUUUUGAUCAACUGUGCAUAAAAAGUUAUCAACAGAUAUAUUUAAAGUACACGAUCGGCAUGAAAUGUAAAUACAGAAUGUUGAGAACAAAUAGUGGCUGUUGAUAAAUCAAGAUAAACAUCGGGUACAUUCAGACUUAAAGGUCAGAAAAUGCCGUGAGGGCACGCACUGUGGUCGUGACUGUGCACUGAAAGUCCUCAGAGUACGUAAUGUUGUUCAUGCGAUGUACUACAAGUACUGAGAGCUACAGUGCACCCCACUAUCUAUAUAACUCAAGAAUGGAAGCAUUUCGACAAAGCGAUCCUACAGCUGUAACAGUGCUGAGACUGUCGAGCUCUCGUCAGUUGUCUUCAGAAAUCAGUUUCUCUGUCCAGAAAAAGUUUGUUCUUCGCAGUCUUCGGAGACUAGGAUGGAGCUUCUGUCUCUAAUUGACCUACCCGUGUACCUUGUGCUGGUCCCGUUAGCAGGCUUCUUGCUCUACCUAUACGGAAUUUGGCCCUACGGAGUGUGGAAGUCUCUGGGUGUUGAUGGACCCGAACCUUCACCUUUUAUUGGCAACCACAAUCAGAUGGCAAGAGAGGGAGUGGAACCAUUUAUUCAGAAGUUGUCGAAGAAAUAUGGUCGCACAUUUGGCACGUAUUCUGGACGUCUGCCACUAUUGGUAACCACCGACAUUGACAUUCUAAAAGAAGUUCUUGUCAAAGAUUUCAACAAGUUUACAGACCGAUUUGAUAGUCUUGGGAUUUAUCCAGAGGAAGUUACCUCGAUGUUGCCCUUUGCUACCGGCGCACAGUGGAAAAGACUUCGACACAUACUCACACCUACCUUUAGUACGGGAAAGUUGAAGCAGAUGGAACACUAUAUUCAACGUUGCUGCGUCCAGCUCACCAAAAACAUCGAGGAGAUUGUUCGAAGAGGUGAAAAGAUAGAUGUCAAAAGAGUCUAUGGGGGCUACACCAUGGACGUUAUAGCGGGCACGACGUUUGGUAUAGAAGUGAAUUCUCAGAAGGACCUCGACCAUCCAUUCGUCAGAGAUGCAGCGGGGUUCUUGUCAGACCUUGGCACUCAAGAUAAAUAUUUAGUCGUACUUGCAAAAUGCUUUCCAUUUCUGAUCCCGUUUAUAAAAUUUUUGGUUAAAAACUUCUUUCAACCAAAAGGAUUCAAGACAUUCGUGAAAAGCAUUCAACUCAUUAAAGAAGAACGGAAACGUGAUGGAAAUAUAAAUAGAAAACUUGACUUUCUCCAGUUACUGCUGAGUUGUGAAGAAAAUUAUGCCUUAGAAAACGAUCAAAUGAAUGUUUUGUCAAAAGUUGAGGUCGUCGCCCAGGCCCUCAUUUUCUUAUCCGCUGGGUACGAAACGACAGCAUCCACCCUGCAGUACAUGGCCUACUGCCUGGCGCUGCACCCGGAGGUACAGGAGAAAAUGUUGCGUGAAAUCAAGGAACAGCUUGGAGAUGAGAUACCUACUUACGAAGGUGUUUCCAAGUUAAAAUACUUGGACAGCGUCAUCCACGAGACACAGCGGAUGUAUAACCCUGUCAACUCAGUAAACAGAGUGGCAUCUGAAGAGGUCACCAUUAAAGGAAUUACGAUUCCUAAGGGCGCUGGGGUUUUGAUUCCUAUCACAAGUGUGAUGAUGGACCAGGAGUACUUCCCUGACCCUGACAAAUUCAUACCUGAACGGUUUUACGAAGGCAGCAUUAACCCCAUCUCCUUCUUGGCAUUCGGGUUCGGUCCUCGUCUGUGUAUUGGCAUGCGUCUGGCUCAGCUGGAGAUGAAGAUGGCCAUGGUGCACGUGUUGAGGAGAGUUAAGUUUGUGAAGACAGACGACCUACAGGAUGUGUUCAAGAUCAAGCCUGGCUCUGUUUUUAACAUCCCAGACCGAGUGAUUGCCAUCAAAGCUGACUCGUGCUGUUCAGCUCUCGUGAGUUGUCCUCAGAAGUCAGCGUGUCUGUACUCCUCGGAGUCUUUGGAGACUAGGAUGGAGUUUCUGUCUCUCAUUGACCUGCCCGUGUCCCUUGUGCUGGUCCUGUUAGCAGGCUUCUUGUUCUACCUAUAUGGAAUUUGGCCCUACGGAGUGUGGAAGUCUCUGGGUGUUGAUGGACCCAAACCGUCACCUUUCAUUGGCAACCACUAUCAGUUGGCUAGAGAGGGAGUCGAACCCUUUAUUCAGAAGUGGUCGAAGAAAUAUGGACGCACAUUUGGCAUGUAUUCUGGGCGCGUGCCACUGCUGGUAACCACCGAUCUAGACAUUCUAAAACAAGUUCUUGUCAAAGAUUUCAACAAGUUUACUGACCGAUUUGAAAAUAUGGAGAUUGCACCACAGGAAAUGCGUUCGAUGUUGCCCUUUACUACCGGCGGACAAUGGAAAAGAAUUCGACACAUACUCACACCUACCUUUAGUACGGGAAAGUUGAAGCAGAUGGAAUACUAUAUCCAACGUUGCUGCAUCCAGCUCACCAAAAACAUCGAGGAAACUGUUCUGAGAGGUGAAAAGAUAGAUGUUAAAAGAGUUUAUGGUGGCUACACCAUGGACGUGAUAGCGGGUACGGCGUUUGGUGUAGAAGUGAAUUCUCAGACAGACCUCGACCAUCCAUUCGUCAGAGAUGCAGGCAGUCUUGUGGCAGCCAUUACCACUGACGAGGGAUUUUUACUCUCACUUUCAAAAUCCGUUCCGUUACUGAUACCGUUUAUAAAAGUUUUGGUCACAAAUUUUUUUCAACCAAGUGGAUUGAAGUCGUUCACGGGAAUCAUUCACCGCAUAAUAGAAGAAAGGAAACUGGAAGGAAAUAUAAAUAGAAAACCUGACUUUCUCCAGUUACUACUGAGCUGUGAGGAAAAUCAGACUUCCGACGGAGAUCAAAUGAAUGCUUUAUCAAGAACUGAAGUCGUCGCACAAGCAGUGGCUUUUUUCAUCGCUGGGUACGAAACGACAGCAUCCACCCUGCAGUACAUGGCCUACUGCCUGGCGCUGCACCCGGAGGUACAGGAGAAGAUUGUGAGUGAAAUCAAGGAACAGCUUGGCGAUGAGGUACCUACUCACGAGGGCGUCACAAAGCUGAAAUACUUGGACAGCGUCAUCCACGAGACACUGAGGAUGUAUCCUCCCGGCGGCUCAGCAGACAGAGUGGCAUCUGAAGAGGUCACCAUUAAAGGCAUUACAAUCCCAAAGGGAGCUGGAGUUAUGGUUCCUAUCGCCAAUGUGAUGAAAGACCCGGAGUACUUCCCUGAGCCUGACAAGUUCAAACCUGAACGGUUUUACGAAGGCAGCAUUAACCCCAUCUCCUUCUUGGCAUUCGGGUUUGGUCCUCGUCUGUGUAUCGGCAUGCGUCUGGCUCAUCUGGAGAUGAAGAUGGCCAUGGUGCACGUGCUGAGGAGAGUCAAGUUUGUGAAGACAGACGAACUAGAGGUGAGAUAAGCAAACCAC